CUGUGACACCCCCUCCACCGGAUGACGUCACCCGAUUCUCUCGGACGAGGGAUUAUUUGUUGGAGCGCAAGCAGCACGGCAAUGCACGCUCACGGUCGGUAGUCGAAAGUGAGUCAGCCCGCCGGGAGUCAAAGAGGAGAAUCGUAUAUCUGUGUGCUAUCACGGAAUUCAACUGAACACGCUGCAGCCUGGAGGCGACUUUUUAAGGGCGAGAUUAUACCCACAUCGGACUUUUUUCCCCCCCCUUUUCCACCCCUCGUCUCCUUUCCCACUGACGAGAACCUGCUGUCGCCCCUGGAACAUUUCGGAGCGACCAUGGCCGGAGAAGACCCCCUUGCGAGUCGACAAGACUGCAUCAAAGCGCUGCUUUUGCUUCUCGCCUCGACACUUUUACUGCACGGGGCGUCCGGCCAGCGAGUGAAAGUGGAGCCGGAGGUGCUCUCCUACCCCGGCCAGACAGUCAACCUGCGCUGCGCCUUCACCGACACCACCGAUAUUCAGCUCACCUUGGUCACAUGGAUGUACAAGCCCAAGGAGGGAGGGCGGGAGAACAUCGCCGUGUUGCACCCCAAACAUGGGCCCACCUACCCCGAGUCUCCGCUGAAGGAGCGGAUCAGCUUCACGCAGGUCCCCCCCAACAUGGACAGCCCCUCCAUCCAAAUUAGUGACGUUCGCAUGACUGACGAGGGCGAGUACAUCUGCGUGGUUGCCUCCUACCCCGGCGGCAACAAGCAGGGAAUCACCCAACUGGUCAUGCUCACGAAGCCCCAGAACUCUGCUUCGGCGCUAACGGUGGAAGCAGGCCGCAACCCCACGGUGGUGGCACGCUGCCAAUCACACAAUGGGCGCCCGGAGGCGCAGAUCCGCUGGGUGACGACCGCCGACGGCAACGCCAGCACCUCGUCCCAGCCGGGUCAAGACAACACAGUGUCGGUGAGCAGCGAGUACCGCCUGGCCCCCACCGCCGCCGACAACGGCAAAGACAUCAGCUGCGUGGUUUCGCACCGCACGCAGACCUCGCCCGAGAGCUUCCAGAUGAAACUCAACGUUUUAUACGCCCCGCAGGUGAAAAUCGUGGGUUACGACAAUAAUUGGUACGUGGGCCGGACCAAUGUGCUGCUCACCUGUCAGGCCACCGGCAACCCGGUCCCGACGACGGUCCUGUGGAAGUCAAUGACGGGAGCCAUGCCCGACACGGUGCAAAUCAAAGACAACCAGCUGAAGGUGCUGAAGGUGGACGAGGCUGUCAACACCACUUUUGUCUGCGAGGUCAAGAACCGCAUCGGGACCGGCAGGGAGAAGGUCACCGCCUUGGUCAGAGAGCCUUCAGUCAACCCGUCCAACGCCGGCGUAGUGGCCGCGGUCGUGAUCGGCUCCCUGCUGGCUCUGCUCUUGGUGGCCGCCCUGGUGGCCGUACUGAUGACCCGCAACCGGCGCCGACAGCAGGGCUACCGGGCCGACGGCAGCGCCGACCUGAAGGCACGCAUAUUCGGCGGCGGCAAGAACGGCACCGGCGCCGCCGGCAACAACAACGCCCCCAUCUACGUGUAUGAUGACGGCUCGGCCCACCAGGGUGAGAAAAACAACCACAACGGCAACGGGCGGCUUGAGGUGGUCGCCGCCACGCCCACCGCCCAGGACAUCCUACUCAGCGGCGAGCUGGACGACGCAGAGAGGAGGAAGUUUGACGAGCUGGAGGAAGAGGAACGCUAUGACCGCUUCGCCGGCGGCGGCGCAGCCCCCAUCCUGCAGCUACGCCCGGCUGGCGAGCAGCACGAAAUGAUCGGAGACUACCUGGACGACGACAUGGAGUCCCAGCGUGACGGCUCCGUCAUCUCUCGGACUGCCGUUUACGUUUAAAGCAUGGAGGAAGCCAGGAGGAGGAGGAGGAGGAGUCCUGGGGAUUUUUGUGCCUCCGCCGGAUCGAGAGGAGACAACCAAACCACACAAAAUAGAAAUAAUCGUGUAUUUUCUAUAUAUGCUGUUAGUAAUCAUGGUGUCAUGACUCGAGGAGGACAUUGCGAGUGGCCAAUGACGCGGAUGGCAGAGAUGGAAUCAUGUCCUCGACGAAAGGCGUCAGAGCUGCAAACGAUUCUCUCUGGCGUACGCCGCAAUUGAGCGCUCUCGCCUGUCGUUCUCGUGUUUUUUCUCCCCUGUUUUUGGGAAUCCGUCACGCUGAAACGGGCGUGGUUUCGCUUCUCCUAAAGACGCUCAAGUGCUUGCGAGAGGGUUUGUUUGCUGUCAUCCGUCGUCUUUCCACCCCGUCAAACGUCCGGAUCAUGUCCGCGUCGUCCACGGCCAUCGGAUUGAUUGAUCUCAACUGAAAGAGGGUCUGAAGCCGAUGCAGAUUAUUUUCCUGAAGAGAAGCACUAGCGAGGCUUGUCACCUUUGAUUCUGUGGAGUUCGUUAUCCACCCGAAUAUUUCAAAAUAAGAAAUAUUGUUGAUCAUCCUGUCAGAAUCUGCCAGUGGGUGCCGACGGCAAGUAGCCGGUGGAGGGAUGGCGUAAGGCACGGCCGCAUUAGCAUGUGUAGAUUUUGCACUGAGAUCAUGGGAUAUUUUUCUCCAUUAGCGAAUGCCAUUAAGUGUGCAGAAUUGAUUGAGGGACGUAAAAGCUUUGCGGCCGGCCGACUUGUAUUGACUAACAGGCAUCGCGCAGCCAAAUGUCCCUUUAUGAUGCAGCUGCGGGCCCAAUUGUCUCUCGACUGUUAAUUCAUCUCGCUAAAGAGCCACUGUAGGCUCUACCGGCCGCACUUGCCAUUUAGCCACCGAAUUCUCCUGACCUGCCGAUCAGCUUUUAUUGUGGCGUGCCGAGGCCCGUCGCCAGGUCAAACGCAGACUAAAGCGGCGCCCGAGGCAUCGGUGACUGUACUUGGGCUUUUAACCUCAAAUAACGGGAAAGAGCUCAUGUUCACAAAUGUUGCUUUGCAUUUGCGACCGCUAACCUUCAUGAAGACGGUGAGAGGACGGGCAGGUGGUGAGAUGAAAAACCCUGCCCACCAUAGUGCAGUAGUUGAGUCAAUAAUAGUCGCCACAAAUCCGAUGAAAAGGAAGUGCGACCGGCGGUGCCUUUUUGUACUGCGCGAUCACGUAUUCUUACAAACUAGUUUGGAAGCUCCAAAAUGUUAUCCACAGGACCUUCGUAACCUGAGGACACGGGACGAAUGCUAAAAGCGUCUGCCAGUGAGACUUUUUGAGUGGCGAGCGACCGGUUGCUAGACGGCCGUGUGACCGUUCAACACAUUUCACCACAACGGCUUUCUCAACACACAGAUCGAGCGCCAAUGCAACUCAUUCCCAGCUAAAGCACCACACGUGAUUUCCCACAGCCAUCUAAAAGCCAAAAAACAAAAACAAAAAAAAUCCAGAUGUUAUUUUUACACUUGCGCACAUGUGUGUGUGUCACUGCUGUAAAAAAAAAAUGCGUGCAUAAAUGUGUGUGUAAUAUUAGAUAGAUGAAAAUGGCAACAAUUGGAGGGGGGAGGCAAACACUUGGUGUACAUUUCUGGUGUUGAGGUGUCUGUGUAUACGAUAAAUGUAUGCAUCUUUAUUUUUAUUGUGAAAAACAUUUGGAUAUUUAUGAAAAUGUAAAUAUCAAGCAAUGUGGCGUAAUGUAAAGGGAAAGUCCUUGUGAAUGUACAUUUUUUACAGCGCGACAGCUUUUGUUUGCUGAAUUUAUGCACCUCUACCCUUUUUAUUUUCUCUCCCGUUCCGGCAAUUCAACACAAUAAGCACAACGCCGUUUUGCACAAUUGGCUCUCCGGCGUAGACGUCGUGCACCACGUGAACAAAACGCACGCGCGCACACACACACACGGUCAAGUCUGGAAGGGUGAGGGAUUCCAUAGGCCAACCUUUAUCACUGUGCAAAAAAAGGAAAACAAAACAAUUGGCAAAGCAAAGAAAACGUUGUUUUUGCUGGAGAGAAACAUUCGCCCACUCGCAAAAGCCCACCAACCGCUCUCAUUAUUCUCCGCAGCCGAAGUGCGAUCCACACGCCUGGUACCGGCUACCGCCUGACACCAGACUGCCCACACACAUCCAAAGCAAGACUUCUAGUGUCUCCUUUGCUGGGUGCUUAUGUUAGGACUUUUAUUUGGCUGGUGGCUUGGAAAGAGUCCGAUUUGUGCCCUGCACUUUGCUUUCCAUCACCGAAGUAAUUCGACCAUUGGCCUUUUCACCCAGGCUCGUCUUUUGCUGUACUUUUGACGUGUGUUGCUCUUCAGCGGGCUAGACGAAGCAAUUUUUGUCAUCCUCACAUAGACACAAACCUAACUAAAUAUUGGACAUUGACGAUUGUUGGCCCCAACGUUUUGAAUAAAUCACGACGCAGCGCUUGCUAACUCAUCUGCCAUUCAUGAAAUGGAUAUGUGAUGUUGAGACCGGACUGACUGAUUACGAUCGACAAACUGACGUUAAUGUUUUGUCACAGCCAUUAGCUACUCGUAAGUCUCAUGCCAUUCAUAGAAUCAACAUUUGAUGGAGAUAAAAUCGUUUGAGCUCACUCUUCUUCUAUGCUAAGUUCGCCUUGAUAGCAAGUGGCACCACGAAGGACUCCUCUGACAUAUUUGAUGUUGGCGCAUUGUUACUGAAAUCUGAAAGGGAAUAUAUUGAUAUUAACAUUUUGUCACAUCACUUGCGGAUGCUAGCAACUUUACAUUUUGGCGAGCACCUUUGUCUUUUACUUGGCGUGCUUUCCUGCUCGUCUCUUUUAGGUUCUUUCAUUUCUGAUUGAAUUGCUUUUGUUGGAUGAUUUGGUUAAAAGUAAAUGCUUGAUUUUUUUUUUCUUUUUUUUGUUUUCUUCCUUCCAUGUCUUAUUACAUAUAAUAGAAGUGUGCGCACCAUCAUAUCAAACUUUUUGUCCGCAAACAUCUCAUGACUACAAAGCCUUAACAUCCUCCAUCUCAGCUGUGGAAAUAAAUUUAAAAAAAAU